CAGCAGAGCAGACGAGAGAGACAAUUUCGCUUCCAUAUAUAUCGAGUAGGGGGACAUCUGUUUGGCUCGCAGUAUCGAAACUUUCUUCGCGCAGAGCGCAUCAGCAGACGAGGCAGUUAGCGGUUUAGCGCACUAAGCAAAAGAUCGAUUCGUUGUUUUUUGCCGUCUAACUUUUACCGUCCUAGUUCAGUGUGUUUUUUCUCUUCGUCGCGUGACAACAUGAGCAUGAAGAAGAAAGUCUGCGUUGUGGGAUCAGGAAAUUGGGGAUCAACCAUUGCAAAGAUCAUUGGCCACAAUGUUGUGAAGCACAGCGGCCAGUUUGAAAGCCAAGUGUCCAUGUGGGUCUUUGAAGAAAUUAUCAAUGGACGAAAGCUGACUGAAAUUAUCAAUGAAACACAUGAAAAUGUGAAAUACUUGCCCAACCAUAAACUACCUGAGAAUGUUAUUGCAGUCCCUGAUGUAGUUGAAGCAGCCAAAGAAGCUGAUAUUUUGAUCUUUGUUAUCCCUCAUCAAUUUAUCACAAGAAUUUGUGACCAACUAGUUGGGAAGAUCAAGGCUAAUGCUUUUGGACUGUCCUUAAUCAAAGGUUUUUUGCCAGUCCCAGGAGGUGGCAUUGAGUUGGUUUCACAUGCCAUUCAGGAAAAGCUUAACAUCCCUAUAUCUGUUUUAAUGGGCGCCAAUCUUGCCCCAGAAGUAGCAGACGAAAAAUUUUGUGAGACAACCAUUGGAGCUGCAUCGCAAGAGGAGGGAAACGUUUUGCGCGACAUCAUUCAAACUCACUACUUCAGAGUGGUGGUUGUGAAUGACGUUGAAGCAGUUGAAAUGUGCGGUGCUUUGAAGAACAUCGUGGCUUGUGGUGCCGGAUUCGUUGAUGGUUUGGGCUACGGUGACAACACGAAGGCAGCGGUCAUUCGUUUGGGUUUGAUGGAGAUGAUAAAAUUCGCGGAACUUUUCUACCCAGGUUCCAAACUAUCAACGUUCUUUGAAAGCUGUGGAGUCGCAGAUUUGAUCACAACUUGUUACGGUGGACGUAACCGACGUGUUUCAGAGGCAUUUGUGAAGUCCAAGAAGAGCAUUGCUGAACUGGAGAAAGAAAUGCUCAAUGGUCAACAGCUUCAGGGACCCGCGACUGCAGAGGAGGUGAACUUUAUGCUGAAAAGUAAAGGCAUUGAGGACAAAUUCCCUCUCUUCACAGCUAUUCAUCGAAUUUGCUUAGGCGAACUCGCUCCGGAGCAGAUGAUCGAUUGCAUUCGCAACCAUCCGGAACACAUGGCCGAUUCGCGAGCCAAGCUUUAAGCAAUCUCCCACCCCACCACCUUACACUUUGCUGGUCCUCUCUUUGAUUCUAGCCACAUUGUAUUUUCUCUCGUGUGUGCCUGAUUUUCUCACUCCAACUUACCAAAGUUUCUACACCUCCUAGCAACGUGAACAAUUCUACCGUUUACCGAGCUGGGAAUAAAAUUAUUAAAAUAUGUAUCGGGGUUUCCUGUUAAGUAGGCUACCGUAUGGUGCGUCACUAUGGUUUAUUACUUUUGUUGUCUAUCCGUCUAUCGUUGUUGAUUAAUUUGUUGUCAACUUUGGAAAUACAUUACUUGGCAAUGCUG